AUGAGACCAGUCACUAGAGGGCAGAAAAUCGAAGGGGUGUCACAGCAAUCAGAUGUAGAGAGUGAGUUUGAAGAUGAGGGAGGAAAAGAUGAUAAUAGCAGCCUGAGGGGAGCAGUGAAGUCUAGACGUGGAGAAACCUCUCCUUCUGAUUCAACUGACUUUAGCAGAAAUGAGGCGCAACGUACAGAUGGUGGUAUGAUACCCGAUGAUCAGGGCUCCCAGGCAGACGAAAGUGAGCACAGGGCUGAGACAGACUUCAGUGACCAUGAGGAGGAAGCAGAUGACAGUGACCAGCAUCUAGACAAUGACAGUGAAAGCGAAGUAAUAUUUUCAACAAGACCAAAAGGUGCAGAGACACAGAACCUUGUUAGUGACGGGGACGAUGAGCCCCUUAAGAAAAUUAGCUGUAUGUUGCAACGCCAAGCUGAACAACAGGAAAAUAUUUUAAACUCGUUCUUGUCUAAUAUGACCGAUGUUCUUGAGAAAUUUCAGGCUAGACGUGCAAAUAACAGUGAACACCCUGAAGGGAUAUAUACGGAAGAGAUUUCAUUGGGUAGGGCUGAACAGACGAACUCCAGAACAGACAUCCCGAUGGGUAGACCCGACACAGAUGUGAGGCACCCAACUCACAAACAGAGAUCAUGGCAUAAAAGAGAUUCGACACCAGGACGCAAAGCUGGUAACUUAAAUGGCAGCACGGAAGACAAUUACGAAAUUCAAAGAGACCACCGACUUUCAUAUGGAGCAAGCAGGUCAGAAACUGACAGAGAAGGCGACAUGGAGACCAAUGGCGCUAAGAAGGAAAGCUGGACUAUGUGA